UUAGCAACCUUGCUCGGUUCUGAGCAGGCGGGAAAUCAUGGCCGCGUUGGAGCAGCUCCAGUCUGAAGUGGCCUGUUCGCUUUGCUUAGAGGAUUUCAAAGAGCCGGUGUCCAUCUCCUGUGGGCACAAUUUCUGCCGCCCCUGCAUCAAGCUGUGCUGGGCAAACGUGGAGGGGAACUUCUUAUGUCCUCAAUGCCGGGAAACGAUCCCAGAAGGAACCUUCAGGCCCAACAGGGUUUUGGGGAACAUAGCGGAGUUGGUGAAACGUCUGCAAUCGGAGGCAGCAGCAGCAGCAGCCACGCCCGUAGGAAAUGCAAUCUGUGCGAGGCACCAGGAGCCCCUGAAACUUUUCUGCCAGCAGGAUGAGGCCCCCAUCUGCGUAAUCUGCAGGGAAUCCCGCAUCCACCAGUCCCACAAAGUGCUUCCCAUAGAAGAGGCUGCCAAAGAUUACAAAAAACUAAUCCAGUCUGAACUCCAGGAACUGAAGAGGGAGAGGGAGAAUGCCAUAUCAAGGCAGCCACAAGACGGGCUUACUAUAAAAGAGCACCUGGAGAAUUUAGACACAACACGGAAGAAAAUUACCUCCCAAUUUGAACUGCUGCAUCAGUACUUUGAGGAAAUGGAGCAGCUUCUUCUGGACCAGUUGGAUGAAAUUGAGAUGGAGGUUCAGAAAGGGCAGAAGGAAAGCAACAUCAGAUUCUCAGAGGAAAUUUCCAUUCUUGGGGACCUGAUCAGUGAGAUGGAGGAGACAUGUCAGCAGUCAGCAAGUGAAUUCCUGCAGAGUGUCAAGAAUGUAUUCAGCAGAUCUAAUAAGGAAGAGCUCCAUCUGCCUGUGGAGAUUUCGCAAGACCUAAAAGAAAAACUCAGUACAUUUGACAAGAAAAAUGUUUCCUUAGAAAACAUUCUGAAGAAAUUCAAAGAUUCUGUGACAUUCGAACUGCAGGAAAAAGGAGAGGAUGUGUCUUUGACAACAGGCGUGCAGACAGUUCAGAAGUGUUUAUUCUUGCAGGAGGAGGAUAAGACUCUCCCGAGCUGUGUUUCCACACUGAAUCCUGCAUCUCCAGUAGAAGACGUGACCCUGGAUUUGGACACAGCAGGCCCUUACCUCAUCCUGUCCGACAAUGGGAAAAGUGUGAAGUUGGGAGAUAGACGCCAGAAACGUGCCAAGUCUCGGGACCGAUUUGACGUGUACCCCUGCAUCUUAGGCCGUGAAGGGUUUCACUCUGGGAAGCACUGUUGGGAGGUACAGGUGGUCGAAGGGGGGUGUUGGGCCGUGGGCAUGGCCAGAGAAUCUGUGAAGAGGAGGAGAAAGUUCAACUUCCGGCCUGAAGAGGGAAUUUGGGCUUUAGAGCAUUUAGGGAACGAUCAUUACCGAGCUCUGACCUCCCCUCCCACAUCACUGCCCCUGAGCAAGAUGCACCAAAAGGUACGGGUCUGCCUAGACUAUGAAGCAGGUCAGAUAGCAUUUUUUGAUGCAAAGAAGGAUACUUGGAUCUUUACAUUCCCAUCAGUUUCUUUUGAAGGAGAAAGAAUCUAUCCCUGGCUGUGGGUGGGGCGGAGAUCACAGCUUAGACUUUGCCCCUAAAGUGGCACAUAUCUUUUACAAACGGGCCAAAUAAUGAAACCAAGAUGAGUUGUCAUUUUGUCCAGACAAAUUUCAGAAUAAAAAUAGUUUGGAUUUAUACUCCCAUCUUUUUCUUCUGUAAGGGGACUCAAGGCGGCUUACAAACUCCUUUCCCUUCCCCACGACAAACACCUUGUGAGAAAGGUGGGGCUGAAAAGAGUUCAGAGGUAACUGACUAGCCCAAGAUUACCCAGCAGGCUUCAUGUGUAAGAGUGUGGAAACAAAUCUAGUCUCCCAAAUCUAGUCCCGCUACACCACACUGUAAUAUCACUACAUACUGAGCUUAAAAUAUUCUAGUUGUUUCUAAGAACCUGAAAGGUACCAUACUGCAGCACACCUCUGGCACAUCUGUUUCAGCAUUGGAUUCAAAGAGUGGCCAACUCAAUGGCCUAGAGGGCAAAGACCCAGAUAUUGCCCUUUCCCCCAGUAUUCAGAGGAUAUGAGUGUGCAUAAAGUACCGUCAAUUUGAAGCCGACUUAUGGCAACCCAGCAGAGUUUUCAAGGCAAGAGACUGAUAAAGAUAGUUUGCCAUUGCCUUCCUCUGCAUGGUGUCUGCAGUAUUUCUUCUUGGGUCGAUUCCCCACUUCAAAAUUGAAAGUAGAUUCAAACCUGUUUCAUAUGAAUCAGGAGCUUUUGAGCACGGAUUCAUGCUCCCCAUUUGGAGCGAUGAGCACACAUCUAAUGGUGAGUGGGGAAUCGACCCUGGUCUCCCGCCCAAAUACCAACUAGGGCCAACCUUGCUUAGUGAGAUCCGACGAGAUCAGGUUAGCCUGGGCCAUCCAGAUCAGGAUAUUCAGAGGUUUACUAGCUCUCGUUAUGGAGGUUCCUUCCAGCGACCAUGGCUGAUAGUCACUGAUGGACCUAUCCUCCAUGAAUCUGUCUAGUUCCCUUUUUAAAACCAUCUGUGAUCAUGGCGGUCACCAUAUGUACUGGCAGAGAAGCGCUCCCACACCAAGCUCCGGACUUCUCUUCAGUAAUCUACCUGUCUAAGUUAUCAGCCCUCUGACUGAAGAGAGAACGCUCCCAUUUCAACACAGCCCUGUGGUUAGUAAUUAAUGCACUGUUAAUGGUUAAUGAACUCUUUUGAAGCAAA